AUGGCGGAGAAUGACCUGACUGCGCAGCUACGCGCGGGUCUGGGCACCGCAAUAGCUGAAUUGAAUCCCGAGCUUCAGGCCGCUCCAAAGCGCGUCAUUCGCGGCGAAAUCACCGUUUUCUGGCCCUACAGCCCUUUGCGAGAUGUCAUAGCCUUCAUCCUUGCGGAACCGACUUCCGACUGCGCCGCGAUCGUGGCACUGUUCGAAUCGAAAUUCACAGGUGCUAGCGCGAAGGCUGUCGCGGACCUUGGUCUUGGAGGCGGUGAUGAGGUGAUACUUAGUCUCGAUGGAGCUGCAUGGGACGCGCGGGAUACUCGUAUGCCUGCUAUCGGCACUCCGCUGGAAUGGCAGCUUCGUUUCAAUCACAAGCUGUUGGCGCUAGUCGCGCGCGUCGCCCAUGAAGACACGAAGCUCCUCAAUAUCGAUCUACCCCUUGACAAAGCACAACAGCCCGAAAAGUCAGACGUAGCCGCUCUGGCAGCCGCCAUUCAAGAUCACGGCCCAGAAGGGUCGAUAACGCCGCCCCGUGAUCCAACCCCAGAGACGACACUUCGAACAAAACGUCCUGCAGAAGGCAUCUUGGAGCCAGGAGAGUUCGCCUCGCCAGCCUUCCUCAAGCGGGCGCGCAUUUCAUAUGGCUCACUCUUCGAGGGCGGCCCAGAUCCGUUCGACGACAGAGGCGAUGUCCAAGGCAAGGGGCGGAAAACCCCCAAGGCUGGUCGAUUUAGUAGCGCAUGGAGAUAUGCAAGCCGAUCGCCGACCCCGGAUGUUGAAGAAGCCGAGGAGGUCACAAGCGAUGACCCGACCAACGAUGGUCCGACGGAAACGCCUUCAAAACAGGUGUCCAUGGUUGAUGGGGGUUGCCAAACCGAUGAACUGGGGGUUUCUCCUCCACACCAUGUCGAUGUGACGGCUGAGCCUCGUAUUCACGGACUUGGGGCUUUCGACACCCCUAGCAAGGUACCAGCAGACGCUCACCUCGCAAUCCCUUCGUCCGUCCUGCAAGCCGGGCCGGGGGUAUCCCCAGCAUUGGGUGACCGAUUUGCUCCCCUGCAUCAGCCCGACUUUGCUACUGUACAGCCGUCGUUCAACACCAGCGAAUUUGGUCAGCCGCAACCAGACCAGCAAUAUGUGCAGGACAUCGAGCACUCUUCGAAUGGGAUCUUCGCUGCUCAAGAACACUACAGCAUGGACAUGGAUGCAUUCCCUGACCCACCAACCGCCCACUCUACGCAGUCGCACCAUGAUUACCCUCCGAUCGAAGAGGAAGCAGAUUCGCAUUUCGCCUCGCAGGUGGCUUCGUAUCCUCCCUUGACCCAAAGACAAACGCCCCCGGCUGGGGAUCCUUUACAUGGCUCGCCACACCACACGGUGUUCGUCGACCGAAUUGUUGAACCGCAGCAGCCACCUUGGGGAUUUGAUGCUACCUCGACAUCUUACCCUGAUCCUUUGGGAGAGGCGCAUACCGCUGACGUAAUUGAUGUUCCAUCAAGCCCUGUGGCCCGUCCCAACCUGCAUUUUGUAAAUGGCUUGGAAGAGGUAGGCCACGAUCAAGGGGACGAGGAUGCCAGCGCAGACCCCGAAGACGAUAUUCAUAUUCAUGAUCAGGAUGGUCCGGAGGAGGUGUUCGGCGCCCCGACUUUCAGUGAGAGGGAUUUUGAGCCGUCUAAUAUUCAAUCUUAUGCGACCUCUCGCAGUAGGUCUGCAUCUCCAGGGCGUGGCAAUGAUGAUGAUGAUGAAGAAGGAGAAGAAGAAGAAGAAGAAGAAGAAGGUGAAAUGGACGCCGGAGGAGAUUACGACAUUACGCAAUAUCGAAACCAAAGCAAUGUCCAGGACGACGACGAGGGUUCAGACUUGGAAUCUGACUUUGGACAGGAAGAGGAGGAAGAGAUCUACAAUCCUCGCGACUCGGAGAUUGAAGAGGAUCAGCUUGAUGAAGAUGAUGAGGAGGAACUCGAAGGGGACGAUGACGAUGGGGCACUCGAAGACUACUCUGAAGCUGAAUCCCCUACAGCUCUAGCGCCCGCCAAACCAAAUGUUCAGCCAGCAGCAGUCAAAUCCGAAUAUCCGUCUGUACCGCAAUAUGACGGUUCCGCGGAUGAAAUGGAUAGUCCGUCUGGCGAGGAAGUGGUUGAUCGCCGUGACUCUCCCGAAGACGGCACUUCUGAUCUUGGCAGCGAGGCUGCAUCAGAACACGACGAAUCGGAGGUAGAGAGCGAAGCUGAGGACGAAGAGGACCUGAGCAGCCCGUUACUUGUGGAAGUGCCCGAAGAUGUACGGGAACCGACCGACGAUCCAGCUGCAUCAUCGCCUCUCCUCGAAGAUGAUUUGGAGUCGAUGAGCCCGAUCAAGCCACUUCAGGUAUCGAGUCAGAUACCUGAAAAUGAGAGCAUCGCCCUGGAUAGAGCUGAGGCAGAAACGGACCAACUCGAUGCGGAGCUGGAAAAGGAGAUGCAACAGACUGUCCAACAAACUGUCCAAGAAGAUAUACCCCAAGCCUUGGAGGUCAGGUCGUCGGAGAUCCUGAUCGUUGAGAAGACUACACUUGUAGAGGAGCUUGGGCAGGGCUUGUAUCCAAAACCCGACGAAGAAAUGCUGGAUACCACUCCGGACGAAGCUCUCUCCACUACGGCACCGAUGACUGCCCCAGAUGACGACACAGAAAUGGUGGGCCAAGUUUCUUCCCCUAUGAACUUUGCUCCGUCCUCUCCCAUGAGAGACACCACGAGGAGAGAAGAGGGACAGCUGGAACCGACACCAGAUAAUGCGACUGUCGAAGUGCGCCCCGUCUCCCCUACCAGCGCGAUACCGGGUCCACCUGAUGCCCCUCGAGAACUUGAAUAUCCAGAAACAGUUCCGGCUCUUCCCCCACAAGUUGACGCACUUGGCCCCAAUCCGCACACAGAUGCAAUUCCCCAUGCAUCGGACGUUGAUCGCAAAUCUUCGCAACCGCCUGAACAUGGUGAGCAGCGUGUGUUGCCGCCAAAGACCAGCUCUAGCGUGACUAGUGAACCUCCUCAGCAAGACAUGCCUCUGGACAUAAGAGGUAGUGCCGAAGUCGAAUCCGAAGAGGAGCCCUCGGAUUCUAUGAAUGGACACGUGCGCUCAGCCGAUGCAACAAACCCAGAACCUUCGCUGCCAGACGUGCCAGACGCGGCGGAAACAGUCCCAGAGGAUGAUGAGAAGGAGGAUGUUGUUAUGGAGGACAGGUUUUCUGGAGAUGCCGAGUCGCCCAAGGUCACUCAUACGUAUGAAGGGAAUGGACUGGAUACCCCCAUGGAGGAUGCAAAUGCUCAACUCCUUACGCCUCAUGACACUCAGCAGCAAGAAGUCGAAAAGGAAGGAGAAACUGAAGAGGUAGCCGAGGUGCUAUCAGCAGCAGUCAUGCCAUCCGUGGUUGUGACAAAGCCUGGAGCAAAUGACGAGACUCCUCAUGAACAGCAGCAGCAGGGUCCCGAGACGCCUCAUCCGUCAACCGAAGACUGGAUACAGAGUGCCAAGGCAAGUUCGCCAGCGACAAGUGGGCAUUGGCCCGAGACCAGAUCACAAACGGGCCAUCUACCGCCAGACGUGGAACGUGCGCCAACAGCUACAGCGCCAGACGAAGAAGCUCAUCUUGAGGCGGACCAGGAACAAACGGUUGUCAAAAGUGUUGGCCAUCGUCCAGAAACAAGAUCACAAUCGAGGCCUCAAUCACUGGAGCCCAAGGCAUCGUCACCUCAGCCGACUACAGUAUCUAGUCCUUCUGGCCAAGAGAAUGACGUUGAAGACACGCCGGCCACAAAGACACGCUCGCAACGACAGCGGAGUCAAAGCAAGACAAAGGCCGACGAAGUCGAAGAAGGCGAUCCCAGUAUCAAGCUGGCGCGAGCAUCGGCAACGAACAAGCAAAAGGCUGAUCAGGGCGAUGACCCGAGCGUCAGGCUCGCUCGAGGUUCCAUUGCCAGUAGGCGGUCGACCAGGCUAUCCGACUGGCAGCCGACGCCCGACACAGUUCGGGUCACUCGAGCGGCGUGCCACAACCUGCAGAAGGAGGCGACCCCCGAGGCGGAGGAGGACUCAAGCGUGCAGCUGGCGAAAGCUGCGCUCAACUCGCCGUCCCGUGCCGCCAAGGAGAGAGCCGAAGAUCAUUCUCCGGCUGCCAUCAAGCUCAAGCUCAACCGCUCGCUGCGAUCAGACGUGCCGGACUGCAUCUCGCUCAAGGUGUUUCGCCAGCAGCCCCCGGGCAAGACGCCCGUGCUAGUGCAUAUUUUCCGGGUGCAAAAGUCGGCACUGCCCAUUGUGCAUCAAGGCGACGCCGUGCUCCUUCGGCAGUUCAACGUGACCAACAUCCAGGGAAAACUCGGCCUCCGAUCCACGGACGCGUCGAGCUGGGCCGUCUUCGAGGGCGGGCCGGACGACGAGCGGCCCCCGCAGAUCAUGGGUCCACCCAUGGAGCUCUCGGCGGGCGACAAGGAUUUUGCCGUGCUCAUAAAGAAGUGGUAUCACAGCAUCGAAGACGCUCCCAAGGCACGCUGGAGCAAGGCCGGCGAGAAGGCAUUGGGCGCGGGGGAGGAAAGCAAGUAG